AUGCAACUUAACCCAUUCGUCACCCUCUCCCUCCUCCUCAUCACCCUCCUCCAACCCUCCCUCGCCCAAACGCCCUCCAACUUCGCCUUCCGCACCACGAACCCGCUAAUUUUGCAAUUUAACACCACAAUCGUUUCUCCCCAAGGGGAACUGUUGCCCGAAGCCGCCGUCGCCAGCCCCCCAACCCUCGGCACCACCGCCGCCCUCCCCGGCACCUACCUGGCCGUCAUGGUCGACCCCGGCGCCGGCACCGCGACCGACGUCUUCGAAGUCCUGCACUACCUGCUCCCGGGCCUGACCUCCCCCGACACCCCCACGACGCGCAACGGCACGGCCUUCUACCCCCUCACGACCGCCGCCCAGCCGCUCGCGCCCUAUCUCGUCCCCGCACCCACGCCGGGCGACGCGCACUCGUACACCCUCACGCUGUGGAAGCAGCCAGAUGGCUUCGCGGUUCCCGGCGCUUUUCUCCGCUACUUGCCGCUCAAUGCGUCGAACCCGACGAAUCGGUAUCCGUUCAAUCUGACGGGCUUGGUGGCGGCCACGGGGUUGGGACAGCCGCUCGCGGCGGGAUAUUUUGAUGUGCAGAACACUACUGCUAGUGCUACGACGACGGCGGGGCAUACGACUACGAGUGGGGGAGCGAGUAGUACGACAUCGUCGUCGGGGCAUAGUACGAGUGAGGGGAGCAGUACGGCGACGGGAAAGACGGUGGCGGAGAGUAGUUCGGCCGCCUUGAUAGGUGCCGAAGGUUGUGUGAGUGUUUGGUCUGUGGGCUGUUUUGCAUGGGCGCCCUUGGCGUUGGCCGGCGUUGCGGCUUGGAUGUGA